UUAAAUACAUUUUUUAAGAUUUAAGUCAUGAACAAAGUCAGUGCAUUUGCAUCUUUCAUAAACUGUUCAAUUCAUCCCCGGCCUUUGCUAGUAUAUUGUGUAGUUUUGAAGACUGAAAUGUUGAGGCCACAUUAGUUGCAGACUUCUCUGUUUGUGUAACAAGCUUUAACUCCAAUAUUUUAAUUGCACUUGUCCUAAGGACUGAUGAGGCAGCAUCUCAAAUGAGAGAAGAAAUCCAUUUAUCAAUGGUUUAAAACAGAAAUACUUUUACUUGAGGAAAUGUUGGGCACAAAUUCUAUGAAGAGUCCAGCUGAGUAUAUUGCCCGUUUAAUGCUAGCAAGUAAGAAAAUCCUAUAAGUGGCAAAAUUUAAGUUGUUUUAUUUUAAAAAUAAACAUGCACACAUUAAGUUUAUUAUUUUCUACCCUAAACUGCUUUUUAUUAACAGUAGUAAUUUUCAGAUGGAAGUGUUCCUUUAUUUGAUCAGUGUAUAUGCUGCUAUCUGGUGUGCGUCUUCCUCCUCCCAGCUUUUUUUUUUUUUUUUGGCUGUAUAAGAGUUUGGAAUCUAAUCUCUAGAUUUAAGAAAGAAAAAAAAAAAAUCUAGCACUUCUCUCUCAGAAUAUCAUUUUUGAGCCAUGAUGCAUUGAUCCAUCUGUCAUUAUUAACUCUCUUGUCCAUGAAGCCAUGUAUUAGUAUUCCUAUAAAAGAGGCUUUUAUAGGAAGAUAACAAGAAACAUAAUGACAUAACUGGACAAGAGGAAAAGUUCUCUCAGCAUCUUCUACAGGCAAUAUGAUACAGUAGGAAGAUUUUGAAAUGUAAGCAGCGUAUAAUUUUGUCCUACAAGGGUCUCUCAUACUCUCCAUGUUUGUCCUUCCCACUUCCAUGCAAGUCCCUGACUCAAUGUUUAUUUUCCUUUCGGUCUACGUAUAUUUUGACAGGCCACUUCUGUCACUUCUUCUGGGAUGGCCUGAGGCUUGCAGCCACCUCUGUAUCCUUAGUCCUAGAGUUGGUGAGAAAAGAGGAGGCAAGCCAUAGUAAUAGUAAAGCCAGCCAGGAAUUAUUUAAUUAGGCAUGCUUGGGCUUUAAAAGAAAACUACAGGAGCUAGGAAGCUUUAUUGGACCACUUCCUGUAGCAGAUGUCACCAAGGAGGAGGAUAAAUAGUGGUCCUGUGGGUGUGGAGAAGGAAUAGAACUGGUGGGUAGGGCAGGGAGGAGGGGAUGGACAUUGGAAGGAGAAAGAAAUAAUAGGAUUGCAGCCACUGGGAUGUAAGUGAAGAUAGCAGACCCUUGAUAGUGGGCAAGAUGGGGUGCAGCAAGUUAGAUGGGGGUAUUAGCAGCUUCUGUGCUUGCAUUGACAAGCAUUUGGGUACUAAGCACUUAAGGCUGCUUUUGUUCACAGGAUCUAUUGGUUUAAAAUCUUGAGAGGCUGUAGUAUUUUCCUGGGAGUAUGUAGGUAGGGCUGGGAUGGUUUGAUAUUUGUUGACUUUUUUUUCCCCUUGUGUGAAAUUUUAAUAAGUUGUGCUCCUGUCUGUUCUCCUAUAGAAUUGUUUGCAAGAGGUGGAAGAGGAGCUGGUUUCUGCCAAAAAGCUUGCUGUGUAAAACCAGUACAAUUAAUUUUGGAACAAGGGAAGUCAUUUUCUUCUGCCAGGAGGCUGUCAUACAUGCCCUUCCAUCACAACAAUUCCACAGCACUGGUGACUUUGGUUUGUUGUGGUAGGUUUUGUUUUGGGACCUUUUGGGGAUUUUUGUUUUGCGUAGGUGAAAUGAUUUGGUGGUAUUUGUUGUGUCCAUGUCCCCCCUCCCAAGAUGCUUUUAAUACAUAGUUUUCUAUUGUGCUUUUUUUUUUUACAUACAGUACAGUUUACAAAGGAGGCAGCAAUUGUCUCCAUUUCUCAGGUUGGGAAGCUAACAGAGGUGAUGGGGUCUGUAGGCCCAGUGGCAAUCACGGUAGAAUUUCGGUUUCCUCAUUCCUUACUCUGUCGCUGUGCUCCAGUGGACCAUAUUGCUGAUGGAGGUGCUAGAUCAGAGAUAAGUGCAGUGGCAGUGUAUUAUUUGAUUGUAAGAGUCUCUGGUCAAAAUACCUUUUAUGUGUGAAUUUUUAUUUACUUAUUUACUCAUUUAGAUUCAUUUCUUGCCCCAUCAGAAAGGAAUAGGGAAGAAAUGGGAUGAGCAAGUAGUUGGUGGAGUGGAGGGAGCACUUUUUAUGAAUAUUGGAAAGCAGAAAUGGGAGGUUUGGGAGUAUGAAAAGAGGAGGAUGAAUAUUGGCAAAGUGUCAGAGGUCUAGGGAAAGACCUCUAGCUUAAGUCCCUUGAGAGAUGCUACUGGAAACUAUUUUCACUGUUCUCCAGCCUUUUUGAUGAUGCCACCCUUCCAUUUUUACUUCAGGCUUUUUUUACUCAAUCAUUACAGGAGCAGGGAUCUUCACUUCUUUCGGGCAAGAUUCAAAAUUGUGUACAUGUCUUUCUAGGCAAUAAUCUUUCUUUAUUUAACCUCCCAUGCCUUUCAAAAUGUCAUUUUUCUCCCGUCGUUUUCCUCAAAGAGCAGGUUAACAAGAAUAACCUACUGCUGGUAAUGACAGCAUUGUACUUAUACCUGCUUAGAGUCUGUGAGAGAGUUGCUAUUAUUUUAGGCAGAAAUAAAAGCCAGAGCCCUUUUGGGAGUAAGGAUUUUUUCUGCUGAGUGUAGAGUAUGUGAAAGGAAGUUGGUGACAUUUCUUGGAGAUGACAGGCGUGUAACAUUGAAAUUGUAAUCCAAAUUCCUUUAUAGGUGGCUGAUUAACUUCAAAUCUCCUGGGAACUAUAGCUUGAAAGCUUGACCUUCCUUGUCUUCUCUAUAUGCUACUCUGUCUCCCUUGCCUUUUUGUUUUAAACUUAAAUGGUUCUUUGGGGCAAGUGCCUAGUCCCUUCUACAUAUUUUAUGAAGUGCCUGGCAUUUUUUGUGUUUCUAUAAAAUGUUAUUUCUGACUUUUGUUUGUUCUCCCUUUCCAUGUUAGGUGCAAAAUUUCUGGUAUUGGGUUGAGGAAGGCUGAAGAAGGAUGGUGAGCAAAUUUCAGAAAUAGCCAAAAGAUAAUGUGCUACUAUGGCCACCACUCUUCAUUGGCCAUAUCUCAUUGGGUCACUAUUUUUGUCCAACUGCAGUAGGAUAGGAAUUGGUUACCUCUUUUGUGGGGUUGCAGCCAUGUGAUGAUGGCCCACACUAAAAGAGCAUUUAUAGACAUGGUUUUGUAAGUUGACUUUGCGCCUGGAAAGCAGAUGAUGUAGAGUGGGCUUCAGGAAGAAUGCGUCUACCUAAUACAUGGGUCCAUUUGUUUGGAAAAAGAUAAGAACUAUUUUUUUCACCAUGAUUUGAAAAGUUCCACAUAGGAAGCUCAUUCUGAAAUCAGGAAGUUUGACUUUAUUUCCAUAGAUCAGUGAUUAUUUGUUUUUGUCCAGUGUGCCUUGAAGUUAUUUAAAGUAGCAGUUCAGUAUUACCUGUUAGGGAUGCAAAACACCUACACAUGAUUCACAAGGUAAACCGAGAGAUUUUAAAUAGGAAUCCAUAGUAUCAAAAAGACUUUGGAACACUUCUGAGGACUUUGUAACAGAGAAACUGUUUCUACAGUGUAAAAAAAAAAAAAAAAAAAGAAGAAAAAAGAAUGAUAGUAGCUAAGAGCUGGCAUUUUCUGGGGAGUGCCUCUAGUCUAAAAUGGCAGAGAAACACUGCUUUUGAUGAAAAGUCUAACACAACUGAUCUCCAGAAUCCAGUGUGACCUGGUAAUAGAAAUCUUUUCUAGAGAGAGAGCUCUUUUAUUGGUUUAUGUUAAGCUACAAUUGAAUGGAAUGUGUACGUAGGCAUAUAUUUGUUCCACUUGAUCCAACUUGAUUGAUUUUUAGAUUGAAAUGAAGUACCUAUAACAAAAGGUCUAUCCUGAGUUCUAAUUGUCUCUUGCCAUGAGUUCUAGAAUUCAAGAUGAAACACUGGACAAUAGCACAUUUCUGUCCCUUUUCCCAAUCCUACUAUUCCGAAGUUAACUGGUACAUUACCAAUCAAAAUUUCUUGUCCAUAAUAUGUCUCCCCAGCUGUUCAAAAAUGUUAAAAAACUUGUAAAAAAAUGCUUUGAAGUAUACCAAAAUGAUCAAAAGUUUGUGGCUGUGGGAUGAAAGUGAGUUUCAAGGCUGAAAACCACUUUCUGAUAACAUCCUGCCACUAGGUGCUUCUUUUCUAGAACAACAGUUUGGGUGUUUUUCCUGAUUUCAGUUGAAGCAUGGGUAGUUCAGUAAGGAGGGACCAGGCAUUCUAAGCUUUGGAAGUUCCAGUGAGGACAAGCUCUGCCUGGAGGCAAUCACUGCAAGUCUCUGUGAAAACGAUGCAAGUGCUCCUUGUGAAUUACUGUGCUUAAAAAGUGCAUAGAAAAUGGCAGCUCAAGCGUCAGCUUGCAAAUGGACUUAAUGCAGUGGCUCAGAGGAAUAUACAUGGUGAGAGUCUGUCUAACAGAUGAGUGAAGUGUGGAUCAUGGAAGGUGGGUCUGCUUGUGAGAAGAGAGGUCAUGCCUCAUGCUCAGUGGGAAUGGGAUUUUCCAUCCAAUGGGGAAAAAAAUUCCUACUUGACACUAGUUACUACUCCCCAGCAAAUUCUGUUAGGAGGAGGAGUCUAAUGACUGGUUCUGUUUGCUCAUAUGUAGGCAGCUUAGCAUCUAAGGGUGGUGGUGGUAGUGGAAGAGUGGGGGACAUUGCUUUUGAUAUUAAAAAAAAAUGGGAAGAAAGGACCCCGAUCUCAGUCUACUGCUUCAUACAUGAUAGUUGGUAAUAAACUCAUCAUCAUCUGUUUUAAACAACAUAUGCAAUAUUCCCCUUUAAUUUUAUUACUGAUUUCUGGCUGGAGGAAACCUGGUCUUGAUAGAGCAUAAUUCUUGACGCCCUUUAGUUUUAGUUUACAAAGAGACAAGGAUGGGAAUAAACCUAAUUAGAGCUUUGGUUUAAUUCUGAAGGUGGCUUCUGCUUUGAGAGUUCCACGGCAAAUUUAAUUUACAGAUCUAUUUAGAGUACAGGUUACCUUCUUCCACCCCCCUAGGAUUCCUGUCCAAGCUAACUGAAUAGCUUUCAGGCCUGGAAGAAACUGCAAAUCAUGUAUUAUUAUUUCAAGUAUAUAUGCUAGUGGCACAUAGUUUCAGUCAGGUCAUGUUCCAGUUAUGCUAAGCCCAGAGCAACAUUUUUCCCAACGGUCACUGCAGGUUUUGGUUAGUUCAGUAUUCAUAGUGAUGUGACUCUAUGUUGUCCUGAGACAAUACACAUAUCCAAGCUAGCUUACAAUUUAAAUUCAGGUGAGGAUUUGUUAUCUAUGGUGAGAUGGGACAUACUGAAAGUAGGGGUAUGGAUACACAUAUAUUUGGAGGCAUUUGAAAAAUGAAGACAUUUCAAAAAGGGAGCUGCUGAUCCCGAGCAAGCAGCAGCUGAUAGACACUAAUACUUAUGUCUGGAUAGGCUAGGGACAAUACAAAUGUAGCAAAGCUGCUCCUACUUCAGUUUGAGAUGAAGGGUGUUAGUGGUGGAGCUUGUUUUGCUACACUUUAAAUCUUCUCAGUUUGUUCUCACCUACCUGAAUGUAACGGCUGCUGUUGCAGGGUUUGGAAGAAGAGUCCCCCUGCUCCUUGUGAAAUAGCUCCAAGUAUACACAUAUCCACCAUACUCAGGGAGGUGUAGUGAUGGCUCCCAUAUCCUGGUCAGAUCCUUCUAAGUGAUUUGAGGUAAAAUGGUUGGUUGCUGUCAGGAUGGUCUUAAACCUGUUCUCUUUUGUGAUAGGAAGAGACUGGGAGAAAUCCCACUGAAGGUGAUCAAUGUACUUUUAAAAUAAACUGUUUUUCAACUAGACUACCAGUAACAUAAUCUCCAGAAUAUCCUAAAGAAUAACACUUAGGUAAUACUUGACUUAAUUCAAUAUUUAAUCUGAAAAAAUUUGUUUCCAGAAUAAAAUGUUAAUAUUCUGUUUGAUAUUUUAAAUUUUCUCCUCUGCAUUUUACCAGUGCAAGGGUAUUUUUAAUAUCCCUUAUUUAAUUUUCAGCUUUUCAAACACUACUUGAUUUUUUUAUUUAGUUUCUGGAUAUUUUAGCUGAAGCUAAAUAAAACCAUUUCCACUCCUGAAGAGAGUGAAACUAGCUAUUUUAAGAAGAAUUUUUUUUUCUUUUUUCUGAGUUACAGUAUAAUAUUUUCACUAGAAGAUACAUAAACAUUUUGACUGUGCAUAUGUGGAUAGUGUCUUUUCCCUCUCCCCUUUUGAAGAUAAGGAGAGGUUUCGAUUGUGUAUAUUUGGAUAUAGUGUCUUUUUCCCUCUCCCCUUUUAGCCUUGCUUUUCCUGAAAGCACCUCUGUAACUGGCAACCCUUGGUUCUUUCAGCAGGACAUUCAAGACCAUCAUUACUCUGUCUGUGGGACAGGCAGAACAUUGAAAGCAAGCAAUGAUCUGUGGUAAGAUUCAGAUAGGAUUGGAUAAAGCAAUUCUUUCCCUUUUGGAUUUAAAUAGAGUGGGGCAUUCUUUAAAUGUAAUUAGAUAUCUGUAAAUGGUAGUCUCUUUAGAGACGGAGGGAUUUUUCACAUGCAGCUGCUGGAAAAUGUUGAAGUACGUACUGGAAGAGAAAAAGGAGGCGCUUUGCAAAGCGAGGUGAAGAAACAGUAGAAAGAGCUGAAAAGAAGUUUAAUAGGAUCGGGGCCGUCUUCGAAAAGUGAAGAGGGACAGGGAGUGAAAGACGCUCCUGCCUCGACAUUGGUCAGAUUUAGAUCCGCAUCGCGAUUGGUUGUACAGAGGAAGGGCGUUUGUUUAGCCAAUCACAAUUCACUUUCCCAGUCCGGGCAAAAAGGAUAAAAGGGCAGGGCUGGGGGCGGGGUUACGCGUUCUCGGCGCUUGUUUGGGCGGUGCCAGGUUCUAGCGGAGUCGUGAUGUCGGGCCGCUGCAAGCAGGGCGGGAAGGCGCGGGCCAAGGCCAAGUCUCGCUCCUCGCGGGCUGGGCUGCAGUUCCCGGUGGGCCGCGUGCACCGCCUCCUGCGCAAGGGCCACUACGCGGAGCGGGUCGGAGCCGGGGCCCCGGUCUACCUGGUGGCCGUGCUGGAGUACCUGACGGCCGAGAUCCUGGAGCUGGCGGACAACGCGGCGCGGGACAACAAGAAGACGCGCAUCAUCCCCCGCCACCUGCAGCUGGCCAUCCGCAACGACGAGGAGCUCAACAGGCUGCUGGGCAAAGUGACGAUCGCGCAGGGCGGCGUCCUGCCCAACAUCCAGGCCGUGCUGCUGCCCAAGAAGACCGAGAGCCACAAGGCCAAGGCCAAGUAAAUCCAGCCGUUAAGAGGCAGGAUCCGUCCUUUCAGCCGCUAAACAGAACCCAACGGCUCUUUUCAGAGCCACCCACCAUGUCGCAGGGAAGAGCUGAAUGUCAUGCUUAGGAACAGGAAGGGAAGGGCUUUUCUGAUCCGCAGGGUAUUUUUCCUGAUAGUAACAUUAGGACACUUGCCAGUUUUACCCUUUAUCAGGAUGUUCAGUAAUGAGCUUUUUGGGGGAAGGGGAAGGACAGAAAUAAUUAGAGGUAUUAGUGCUUCCCCUCUACGUCUACAAAAAUUGAGCAUGUCAAAAGAAGGCAGACGUAUAAUGUUGGGUAGCCUGUAGAAAAAUACGAAAUGGGGUGAAAAAGCCUGAGUGAUCUGUACCUAUACAAGAUAUAUAGGCGCUUAUCAUCUGCAGGCAGUUUCUGAACCUGACAAAGGGCGUUUGUGCAUGGAAGAAGAAUUUUCCCAAGUAUUUGACUUGACCUAAUAAAAGAUACCUGAUUUACCCAAAGCACCUUGUCUGCCUGUGUCCUCAGACCAACACUGCUGCACCCUACACCCCUAUAUAUGAUACAGUACAUGUAUUCUCUUGACCAGGAAACUGAGUAUCUGUGACAAGCUACCAACUGUACCUCAUCCCUCCAUCAUUUUAGGCUACAGAACUAGUUUUAAAACCAAACAACAUACCAUUUUGGUUUUUAUUUUUUAAACAAAACCCCUGGUAUUUUCCACCUCAUUAAACACCUUCUAAAAUAGCCAGUUUCAAAUGCAUUGAUCAGGUGGUGCUGUCCUUAUUGCUUGUGUUCUGAGCGUAUCCAGAUUCCAGAUCUGUGGGGUGGCUGAAGAUACCACUGCUUGGU